GUAUAUAUACGUUCGCAGGGCCUUGUCAGAUAAAAAUAAAUCUAUGAUUAUCUAGUUAAUUAGAAUACCGGUUUCUUUGAGUAUAUUACUUAAUUUAAGCUCAGGAAGAUUUAACAGACUUAAAAAAAACGAUUUAUAUUUAUUUGUACAAACAUCAUCAAAAAAUGCAUCGAGAUCCAUUACUUAAAGAAAAUAUGAGCGCGUGAUAGCAAACCCUAAUGAAACGAAUGUUUGGUGAGGCAGCUAAUACGGGCAGAGUUCACCCGCGGGCGGUUAUCACACCACCUCCUUAUCCAGAACAGUCAGUGGCCUAGCCGCCUCCCAGAUACAUAAACGUCUCUUAUUUAUUAAUUACGUUUUACAAUUAACUUGCGGAUACGAGAAUUCUAUUAUUUAAUAGUAUUAAGACCCAUUAUGGAAUCAAUUUUCAAAUACAGAAGUUCCAUACUUUUAAUAAGUCGUGUUUAGUCAUUUUGAUUCUAAGUACAAGUCUUUUAUAUUUUUUAAUUUUUUUUAUUUAAAUAAUGGGCUACGUUUUUUCUCGAAGGCAGUGGAUGACGAUAGUCGUUAUUUCAAUAGCAGACUUUUGUAAUGCAAUAUGUGUAGCGCUGCAGGCGCCGUUCUACCCUCAAGAGGCCGAGAAGAAGCAAUGCUCGGCAACGGAGUACGGGCUGGUGUUCGGCGUGUUCGAGCUGGUGGUGUUCCUAGUGAGCCCGCUGUACGGCUCGCACCUCAACCGCAUCGGGCCCAAGCUGCUCUUCAAUGGCGGCAUCCUCACCACCGGCGCCUGCGCUAUUCUAUUCGGGAUGCUGGACAAGGUAGAGGGCCACGGCGCGUUCAUCACGCUGAGCUUCGUUAUCCGCAUGGUGGAAGCCAUGGGCAACGCCGCCUUCCUCACGGCCUCGUUCGCCAUCAUCGCCAAGGAGUUUCCUAACAACGUCGCGAUCAUGUUUGCGUCGUUAGAAACGUUCUUCGGGCUGGGGCUGAUCGUGGGCCCGGCACUGGGCGGCGCGCUGUACGCGUUGGGCGGGUACACGCUGCCGUUCGCGGUGCUGGGCUCAGCGCUAUUCUGCGCCGCCAUCAUGAGCUGCGUGGCGCUACCAAGGGGCAACGAUGACGAGGACCUGCGCCCCGCCGGCCCGAGCAUCUUCACGCUGCUGCGAGUCCCUGGCGUGUUGCUAGCUGCCGUGAGCAUCAUGUGCACCAGCAUGAGCAUCGGCUUCCUGCAGGCCACACUUGAGCCACACUUGCGUCAGUUUAAUUUCUCACCCAUGAUCCUGGGGCUGAUGUUCGUGAUCAACGGCGGUGUGUACGCGGUGUCGGCGCCGGCGUGGGGCUGGCUGUGCGAUCGGCCCUCCAUCAAGCCCAAGUACAUCACGGUGCUGGGCUGCGCCUUCAUCGCCGCCGCCUUCCUGCUCAUCGGACCUGCACCCUUCAUUUACGAUCAGACGUUGCUGUGGGUAACAGUGUUAGGCUUAGUACUACACGGAUUAGGCAUGGGGAGUCAACUGGUAGCAUCCUUCGCAGACGCACUCGGUACUGCCAUUGCCAGUGGGCUGCCAAAUUCUAUUGAGACGUAUGGACUGGUUUCCGGAAUGUGGACGUCCACCUUUGCGCUGGGAGCAUUCAUAGGUCCUACGGUGUCCGGUCUCCUGUUCGAUUCCGUUGGCUUUAAAAGUUCUACGAUGUUUGUUUUCAUAAUGAAUCUGAUAGUGAUGUUAAUGGUUGUGGUGUUCCUGUGGACGUCGGACCGGGCGUCGAAGCUGGACGUAUCGGUGUCGGCCGGCGACCUGCUGCAGAUCGACGGCACGCUCGACGGCAGCGUGCUCAUCGGUGACGAGUACCCGCCCGCCACUCAGCGCGCCAAGAGCCAUCGGCGAGGCAUCAGCGUGGAGCAGUCUCGCCCGCCAGCCAUGAACAGCCUGAUCGCGUGCUCGAGCUACAAGAACCGCCGCUCGCCCUGGAGCCAGCGCACGCUGCGCUACCGCCCCUCCUACGGCAGCCUGGACGCGCGCUUCCGUGGCGCCAUGUCUGUCGUCUGACAAGUCCUGAGGGUCUAGCCAAGUGACAGUCGUUUAUAUUAAACGCCCAUCGAAAUUUAAAUAAUGUAUGUAAAAUAAUGCGGUGUUUUUUUCCGCAUCUGUGUCACACCGAUGCAUUUGCCUUUUCAUUUGCGUUUGUCGAUAAACUAUUGUCAUCUUGGCUACGGCAUCUGAUCAAACGACUGACCUCAAAUCAUGAUACCGGAGUCUGUUUUUGACAGCAAAGCUUAAGUCUUGCUUAAACUUAUCGAGUCAGAUAAUAUAACUAAGUAUUGUAGGAUUUGUAGGUAUUAUCUGAAACGAUAUAAUAUGUAUUAUCGACAUACAACCCACAGUGCCUUUAAAAUUAUCCGAUCUUAUAUCGAACAUCGCAGACAUUUACGGUUGUACCCUACUUUAUUUAUACGGGUUGAUUUUGUUAUGUGUGACCAUAUUCUGGGGGGUGAAUAUGUAAAUCAUACUGAACAACUUUUACUGUGGAGUCAACCCCGAAAUCGCGAAAAAAAAUCUGUCAUCAUUCACAUACUGUUCACCGACUUUUUUUGCGUUUUCGGGGUUGGGUCCAUAGUAAAAGAUUUUCUGUAUGAUAUUCACCCCUAAUAAGAGUUUGGUCAGCUACAACCGCCACAAAAUCACUCUGGAUACUGGAUACAUACUGCUCAUAGGUCAUACUGAAUACUAUAUAUCUACUAUCGGACCCGGAAUUGACUUUGGGGUCGAUCUUAAAGUAAAGGUCGUGUCAUAGACCUAUAUAUUCACCCCGAAAAGUAUGGAUAAUGGCAAAUAAACAUGCUGCAUAGUCCGAUACCGAGACUGAUCUUAGAGCCUACCCCAAAAACCGAAAUUCGCAAAUUGCGGGGUACAUUCUCUUUUACUCCAAUGAAGGAAUAAUAAGAGUGACAGAGAAAGAUGCCCGCAAUUUAGAUUUUCGCGGUUAAAGGCCUGAUAUAGGCUGCAUAAUAUUGAAGCUCCGGACGAACUACGUUUUGUACGGCGAGCAGAGCUCUUCUUAUGUUCUUCAAUGUAAUGUUAAGUUAUAAGUACCUAUACCCCUGAGUUGAAAUUUAGGCCAACCGCCUUUAAGACACGCUUUAUAUUUUAUUGAUUUUGAUGCUAACUAUUUCUUUUCUUCGAUAAAUAACUAGUUUAACACAGAAAUAUUCUAAAAUAAAAAUAAUGAAAUGAAAUUAUAAACGUUAUUUCAGGCAUAUAAAAUUGACGCUGCCUGUAAUUCUUAUAGAGGCAAGAGCCGAGAACGAUAGCCUUUUACCAUGAAAACGGAUGAAAAUUAAUCGGCGGCAUAUGAAAAUUUUUAUUCCAUGGAAAAUCAGCAAAAACGCCCAGUUUUUCUUGGAAAACGUGUUGGUAGCUCACUUCAAUGAACUGGCGAAUAUGUGCCUACUUCGAUGUUAAAACUGUAAGCCACCAUUUUGAAAAUUGUACUUUUACUGUUUUGAUAAGAAAAAAUCUAAUUUAUAAGUUUUGUUUUUUCCCUCGCAAGUGUGUUGAAAAACGUCGUAUGAAACGCGUGUGCAUUGGUCAUUACACACAUCGGCUUUCUUAUUGCGCGCUCGCUUACAGCUCGCGCGCACUAUAUCGCCUCGUGUUUGAUAACUAACUUAGCACACUUGUAUCAUAAUGUACUAUUACGAGAUGACUUAAUCUAUAAAUUACUUUUGGUGUGAUAAAACCUCUUUGAAUUAACAUUUGAAACCUAAUAGUUGGUUUAAAAAAAAUGUAUUAUUCGACCAAAUUAAGAAGACUCCGCUUCCAUGCGUAUUAUUAGCAAUCAGUUACCAUCUUAACUCAGUCGGAUAAUAUAAUGAAAAAGCACGAGUGUUAUAAUAUAAUGCAAAAGCACGCGUGUUUAAUAUCUAAGAUUAUGAGCCAAAAAUCAGUGGAAUAAAAAACGUUUUGAGCAAGUGUGUUGAAACUAAUGUUGUGACAAGUCACCUGGUAUUCUUAAGCCCCCUCCAAACUAUGUGGUAUGUUAUGUGCGAGAAUCACGGCCCGACUUCGUGGACAGAACAUAUCGCGACUUUCAUUUAUGACUCCAGGCUCGUACAACUUCUCAGCGAUUUCGCAAAUUGGCUCGUGACAAGAUGGCGGAAAAGCAUCAGCUGAUCGAGUUUAACAGUGAGUUAUCUACGGCAUCAUAUAUGUCGUACCUAUUUUUCAAUUUUUUUGUAAAAAAAACCGGUAUAAAACUAACUGGAGUCAGACCAAGAUAAGUUGACAGACGAUUUUGACAGCCCAGACACUGCAAGUGUUGUUUUAAAUAUCAAACUUCUAUGAAAUUAUAACGUUUACUUAGCACUUGCACAGAUUGGGCUAUCAAAGUCGUUGCCAACUUAGCUUGGUAUGAUUCUAGGCGCGUGACUAAUCUGCAAAAUCGACGCCACACUGACGUAAGCGGCUUCGCGCCGUGAUUCGCGCAUGAGCGUGGAGGGUCCUUUUUGAUACUGUAUUUCACCUAAAUCGCCAAUUACAUCCACCCUUCCCGUUUUCAGGCCCGAGACCAGUCCCGAUUUCGGGCCUGAUAAUCGUUUUCCGUUUCAUGGAAUAUCAGCACAUCGUUAACAGUAUUAGGAAUAUAAGUUACCAAAAAUGUACAAUUUAUUAUAUUUUUUCAUAUGAAUUUUUUUAUGUUUCAACUAUUGUAAACGAUGUCCUGAUAUUUGGUGAAACGGAAAAAUACCCUUUCUCGGACCUGAUAUCAGGCCUGAUAAAGUGUGGAUGUAAUUGGCGUUUUAGUACGAUUCCAUUUCAUUUCUGAAAUUUAAUCUAGGGGCCUACCGCAAAAACCGAAGUUCGCAAAUUGCUGGGAUUUUUCCUCUUUUACUCUCACUAAGAUGUAAUAAGAGUGACAGAGAAAAAUGCCCGCAAUUUGCGCACUUUGAUUUUCGCGGUUAUAGCCCAAGCACUAUACCUCAAUACUUAAAUAUGAAAUGAAAUGCCCUAAGGCAGUUCGGAUACGUACUUACAUGCCUAUUAUUUCAUACCUCCGAAUAAAUAUGAAAUUUAUUUCGGUUUGUUGUAUGGUUGUAAUUAUUUAUAAAUAAAUAUUGAAGCAUAAAACGCA